UUAACUGUCAAUUUUGGUGAAGUAAACAAAACCUUGCGUGUUUACGACAAAAAUUAAGUUUAUAAUUGUUUAACGUGUGAAAUUGUUGUUUAAAAGCCAUCAAUUUAUUAUUUGUCAAGUUGUUCACCGAUUGGAGUGAAUAUUCUGUGAAUACCACGGAGUCAGUAGAGUACACUCAGUAUCAUGGAGCAAGUGAUCCAACAAGUGGCACAGACUGUGGAGAAGAAGCUCGACCAGGAACUUGAGCGGCUUGAUACUCUGGACAGCGGAGACCUGGAAGCGAUCCGGCAGCAACGCCUCAACGAGAUGAAGCAACGCGCCAAACAGAAGCAGGAGUGGCUGGCCAAUGGCCACGGUGAAUACACAGAGAUUGACGGUGAGAAGGAGUUCUUCACGGUGUGCAACAAGAGUGUGAACGUGGUGUGCCACUUCUACAAGAACGACUCCCCGCGCUGCAAGAUCGUGGACAUGCACCUCAGGAUGUUGGCCAAGAAACAUGUGGAGACACGGUUCGUCAAGCUGGACGCGGAGCGCGCGCCGUUCCUUACAGGUCGCCUCAAGAUCCGCGUGAUCCCCACUAUAGCGUGCGUGAAGGACAACAAGACGCGGGACUUCAUCGUCGGGUUCACCGACCUCGGCAACCGGGACGACUUCUCCACCGACAUGCUGGAGUGGAGGAUAGCCAGAUCAGAAGCAAUAGAGUACUCCGGCGACCUGCUGGUGCCGCCCAGCGAAGGUCCCAAAAAGCGCAUGGUGGUUCAAGCCAAGAAGACCAUCCGGGGUAGACAGGACGACUCCGACUCGGACUUGGACCUGUCCGACUGAUUGUGGUGAAUUGGUGAUGCGUUGAGGAUGCAAUAGGUUAAUGAAGAAUGAACACGUUUGUAAUAGUAAAGGGGUGCUGUUUCUGUCAGACUAAAAAAAAUAUUUUAGUUUCGAAUCCGUCAUAGGCCUGUUCAGAGAACGCGUGACUCACAUCGAAGUGUCACGGGUUCAAAUUCCGGCUCGGACUAUAAAACACUGAAUUCCGACUUUACGAGUUUGAAUUCACGUUUGGAUGAUACAGGGUGUUAGUGUCAUCGUAACGAAAACUUUGAGGGUUGAUUCAGACCAUGAUUCUGAGUCGAUAUCAAGUGGAAUUUUCUGUCGCAAAAGUAUGGAACAGAAAAUAAUAUAAAAACACAAAAAAAACAUGAAUUUUGCGACGGAAAAUUCCACUUGAUAUUAACUCAGAAUCAUGGUCUGAAGCAUCCCCCUCAGUAUUCGUUACGAUGUCACUAACACCCUGUAUAUAAUUGACAUCACGUUGUUUCCAUAGGACCCUGUUGCAUGGGACUUAAAAGUUAAAACUAUCACCUCAACCAUUCAUGUCAUUUUUGACAGUUGUUAUAAAUGGAGAAUGUAUGGAGGCGGUGCUCACCAGGGCAAUGUCAAUCUUGUCUUUUUGACACUUGCCAAAAGAGAACGUCGGCAUGACUUGAGCUGCAACUAAAAUAAAAUUAUAUUUGUCUGUCAAAAAAACGCACCAGUCGAGUCAUAAUUUUACCAUAUCUUUUAGCACUGAAUUUUGUGAUACAUCACAUAAAGACAAGCUUGCUGGCAAGCGAUAAUCAAUCCAUUACAUCAUUUAACAUUCUACUUUUAAUUGCAUUUAUUUGGCAGACGCCAUUUUAGUAAUUUACAAGUUAUUAUGGCAACAUUGGAAGCCUUGAUUGUAAGAUCCAAUCAGAAUCCCUGAUUCAGUCAGUAUUGCCAUUUAAAACUUGUAAAAUUAUAAUUUAUGGUAGAAACUGGUUUGUACCAGUUUACACUACAUGAGUGAAUGGUGCUAAUAUUAUUAUGAAUGGUUAACUUUAUUGUACAGGGUGUUAGUAACACCGUAUCGAAUACUGUGAGGGAUGAUUAGACCAUAAUUCCGAGUAAAAUUCCGACGGAAAAUUCGAUCUGAUUACUAUCAAGGGGAAUUUAAAGUCAAGUUAAAGUGGAAAAUUACUGGAUGGUCGACUUUGAGAGAUGAUUCAGCUCAAGAGUCUUGAGUUAAGACUUAUCAGUAAUUUUCCACUUUGACUUGACGGAAAAUUCUAGAAAAUCCAGAAAAUUCCUAUUCGAUACGGUGUCACUAACACCAUGUAUUGUGUGAAUCUGUUUAUGCUAAAUCUCGCUUUGUAAUCAAUUGUAUAAAAUUGUCAGUGAAUACAUUUUUUUU